GCCUAUACUUAGCAGACCCAUUAUGAGACCAGCCUCACCAUGCGGCUUCCCCUUCUCCCGGACCCAUUGGCUCCUCCGCCCGCACAUGGCCGCCCCUCCACCACCCCAUCACAAACACAAUGACUCUUGUCUUCCCGGCACCCUGGGUCGCAGCCUUCUAUCCAUCGUCUUGUCAUUAGCCCUAUUCCCGUCGCGCAUCUGCAACCCCUCUCUUACGCCUCCGACAGCACAAGGAGAAUAGUAUCGCGCCGCCCCUCGUCGUACACAAACAUGAUGCUUGUUUCAAGUCG